CAGGCCACUAAAUCAAGAGCACUGGGGCCCUAGGUCCCUUUCUAGCCUGGGUUCUGGCCUGUCUCCGGCAUUGCUAGGAAGCUUUGGAGAGUAGCAUGUUCUCCAGCAGGUGGGAACGGCAUCUGGCUCUGGAACUUCUACUGCUGCUACAUUUGUUCCUGGCAACCACCAUUCAAGGUCAUUCAAAACAGAUCGCAAUCUCUGGCAGCAAUGUGAGUCUUCAAAUUUCCAAUUUGCCUGCUGACUACAAAAUACUCACCUGGUUGUACACUUCUGAACAGAAGAUUGUAGAACACUGGAAUGCUGACAAACCCCACUAUUUCGAUUCUACAUUUAAGCACCGGGUCGUGCUUAAUCUUUCAAGUGGUGCACUGAACAUCUAUAAGGUCCAGAAAGAGGACAGCAGUACCUACCUCUUGAGGGUGGUGAAAGCAGCUGGGAACGAGGAGGAAUGGAAGAUUCCACUGGAGGUAUUUGAUCCUGUACCUAAGCCUCGCAUAAAUAUCACGACGACACAGGAAGUGAACAACGGCUGUUAUCUAAACAUAGCAUGUGAGAUCCCGGACCAGUCCGUAAACUACACUUGGUAUGGGGAGUCAGGGCCCUUUCCAAGAACACCCCAGAGUGCUGUGCUUGAAGUCACCGUUGGGCCGCAAAACUACUCAAAGUUUUACACCUGCCAAGUCAGCAAUCCUGUGAGCAGUGAAAAUGACACAGUGUACUUCACUUCACCCUGUGAACAGGCCAUAUCCUCUGGAGUAGCUUGGAUUGCAACUUGGCUAGCAAUCACAGUACCCACUGUUUUUGGCCUCCUAUGGACCUGAGACAACUCUUCUACCUCAAGAGUGAAACUUCAAGACCACGGGAUCUUGCCUUCAUCAGCACCACGCUGUUAACCAGGACAGAAGCUCUGGCUACAUGGGAUGGGGGAAAGAGUAUCAUUGAGACAUCUACACAGAAUUUCAAAUUAACUUUUUUAAAACCACAGUUAAUAUUUUAUUUUCUAUCCUCUAGUUGUUUCCCAACACACAUAUAUAGCUACACAUGCACUCUUCCUACCAAAAAAUGUGGUCACACUAUGAAAUGUUUUCUUGUUAAUAAAUAUUUAAUGUGAUUGUCAAAGUG